UUAAACUCAGCGUUUCCCGGAGUCGAGGACCCGAGCGCCCCACGCCGCGCUACGUGCGCUCGGGGCGGUGGGGCCGGCCCGGGAUGAGCUGGGCAGCCCUCUCCCCUCCGGCUGCGCGCCGGGCCGCUCCUCCUCCUCCUCCCCCUCCUCCUCCUCCUCCUCCCCUUCCUCCGCUCCUUUUCCCCUUCCCGAGCUGCCGGCUCUGCCAACCAGCUCCCAGCGCGAGCCGCCGCGGCCGCUGCAGCGCCCCACCGCCAGGACCUGAUGCGCAUCCAUAUUAGCCGUCCGAGCGCAGGAAUCCGGCCCGACCCGCGCCGCCGCGCCCGCCGCGGAAUUUAUUUUUAACCAGCACCACCGGGACUCGGAUGGUGCGCGCACCGCCGGCCAGAAACAUCUUCCCAGCGCUGCUCUCCAUCUUCCGCCCUCUCUCCCCCGACAUCCUCCCCCCCAUGUGGGAGGGGAAACUUUUCUCCUACAUACUUUCGAGUCCCUCUCGGGCCGAGGAGCGCGGAGAUGACGGCGCCCGCCCGCUACCGUAAGCAUCUGCUGUCAGCGAGCCAUUAAGACGCUCAGAGCUCCACGUGGGGCCCCCGGAGGUCUUGGCCGUUCCCGCGGGUGUUGCCGUUGCAUCUGUUGGGGUGCUUUGGGGUUCCUGUCCGUCCAAGUCACACUUGAUCCGGUCCCUCUUGCCCAAGUGGAGCUGACCUAGUUGCUGGAAGCGUGCUUGUUGCUCCAAUCUGCUCCAGAGGUGGUGGCUUUGAGGUGUGACCCUGCCCACGCUUGGGCCCAGCCAGCGCCAGCUCCUCAGUAAGGAGGGCCAGCUUUUUAAGACAAAGGAAACAGUGUCAGCAAGUGUUACCAAGAGAAGAAAAAAAAGAAGUGAACCAGCCUCACUUCCUGCUCCCCGUGGAUGAUAGCUGUAGCAGGGGAAGGUCUCGCAGGCUGUCGGCUGGGGCAGAGAAUGGAGUUCUGUGGCCGAGGCUUCCUGGAAGCUUAAACCAUUGUCCCAAUGACGUCAAGUUCGCCCGUUGGCUUGGAAGGUUCAGACUUGUCUUCCAUCAACACCAUGAUGUCAGCGGUAAUGAGCGUAGGGAAGGUCGCCGAAAAUGGCGGGAGCCCCCAGAGCAUCAAGUCCCCCGCGAAGCCUCCAGGACCAAAUCGGAUUGGCCGAAGGAACCAGGAAACAAAAGAGGAAAAGUCUUCCUACAACUGCCCCCUGUGUGAGAAGAUUUGCACUACGCAGCAUCAGUUAACUAUGCACAUCCGCCAGCAUAACACGGACACUGGAGGGGCAGACCAUUCAUGUAGCAUCUGCGGGAAGUCGCUGAGCUCGGCCAGCUCCCUGGACCGCCACAUGCUGGUGCACUCUGGAGAGAGGCCUUACAAGUGCACUGUGUGUGGGCAGUCUUUUACCACCAACGGGAACAUGCACAGACACAUGAAGAUUCACGAGAAGGACCCCAGCAGCACUACCGCUGCAGCCCCUCCGUCCCCACUGAAGCGCAGGCGGCUGUCCUCCAAGAGGAAACUGAGUCAUGACGCGGAGGCAGAGAAGGAAGACCCAGCGCCUGCUAAAAAGAUGGUAGAAGACGGGCAGUCGGGUGACGGGGAGAACAAAGCUGAUGAAGUGUUUCACUGCCCACUGUGUUUCAAGGAGUUCGUGUGCAAGUACGGGCUGGAGACCCACAUGGAGACCCACUCGGAUAACCCGCUAAGGUGUGACAUUUGCUGCGUCACCUUUCGAACACAUCGAGGGCUGCUCCGCCACAACGCACUUGUCCACAAGCAGCUUCCCAGGGACGCGGUGGGGAGGCCUUUCAUCCAGAACAACCCCUCCAUCCCUGCCGGCUUCCACGACCUGGGCUUCACCGACUUCUCCUGCAGGAAGUUUCCUCGAAUUUCUCAGGCCUGGUGUGAGACGAACCUGCGCAGGUGCAUCAGCGAGCAGCACCGUUAUGUCUGCGACACGUGUGACAAGGCCUUCCCCAUGCUCUCCUCGCUCGCCCUGCACAAGCAGACCCACGGCGCUGCCGACCAGGGACGGGAGCGGCUGCAAGCCAGGGCCCCGCCCGGCGACGCCCUGGACCAGAAGGUCUUCCUGGCCUUGCUGGGCCUGCAGCACACCGCCGACGCCAGGCCAGCCCCGGCCGAGGAGCCGCUGCCGGAUGACAACCAAGCAAUACAGCUCCAGACACUCAAGUGUCAGCUACCUCAGGACCCCGGCUGCGCCAGCUUGCUGAGUCUGUCUCCUUUCGAAGCUGCUUCCCUGGGCGGUUCUCUCACCGUCCUCCCGGCCACCAAGGAGAGCAUGAAGCAUCUGUCCCUGCAGCCCUUCCAGAAGGGCUUCCUCAUCCAGCCUGACAGCAGUAUUGUGGUCAAGCCCAUCUCCGGAGAGUCGGCCAUCGAGCUGGCAGACAUCCAGCAGAUCCUGAAGAUGGCGGCCUCCGCCCCUCCUCAGAUCAGUCUUCCGCCUCUGUCCAAGGCCCCCGCUGCCCCUCUGCAGGCCAUCUUCAAACACAUGCCCCCCCUGAAGCCAAAGCCCCUGGUCACCCCGCGUACGGUGGUGGCCACCUCCACACCCCCGCCCCUGGUCAACGCGCAGCAGGCCUCCCCGGGCUGCAUCAGCCCCAGCCUGCCACCGCCGCCGCUGAAGCUGCUCAAGGGCUCAGUGGAGGCGGCCUCCAACGCCCACCUGCUGCAGUCCAAGUCGGGGGCCGCGCCGAACGCGGCUGCCCCACUCUUCCUGCAGCAGCCGCGCGCCGAGCUGCCAGGCCAGGCCGAGAUGAAGACGCAGCUGGAGCAGGACAGCAUCAUCGAGGCCCUGCUACCCCUGAGCAUGGAGGCCAAGGUCAAACAGGAGAUCACGGAGGGGGACCUCAAGGCCAUCAUGACGGGGCCCGGCGGCAAGAAGACGCCCGCCAUGCGCAAGGUGCUCUACCCCUGCCGCUUCUGCAACCAGGUGUUCGCCUUCUCGGGGGUGCUGCGCGCACACGUGCGCUCCCACCUGGGCAUCUCGCCCUACCAGUGCAACAUCUGUGACUACAUCGCCGCCGACAAGGCCGCGCUCAUCCGCCACCUGCGCACGCACAGCGGCGAGCGACCCUACAUCUGCAAGAUCUGCCACUACCCCUUCACGGUCAAGGCCAACUGCGAGCGGCACCUGCGCAAGAAGCACCUCAAGGCCACGCGCAAGGACAUCGAGAAGAACAUAGAGUACGUGACCAGCAGCGCGGCCGAGAUGGUGGACGCCUUCUGCUCCCCCGACACGGUGUGCCGGCUCUGCGGCGAGGACCUGAAGCACUACCGCGCGCUGCGCAUCCACAUGCGCGCGCACUGCGGCCGCGGCCUGGGCGGCUGCCCCAAGGCCCGCAAGCCCUUCGAGUGCAAGGAGUGCAACGCCGCCUUCUCGGCGAAGCGGAACUGCAUCCACCAUGUCCUCAAGCAGCACCUGCACGUGCCCGAGCGCGACAUCGAGAGCUACGUCCUGGCGGCCGAUGGCCUGGGCCCCGCCGACGGGUCUGCCGAGGCCCCGGGGAGGGCGGAGGAGGGCGGCGACGCCUUGGGCGAGCGCAAACCCCUGGCCACUUUCCUGGAGCCCCAAAAUGGCUUUCUUCACGGAGGCCCCACCCAGCCUCUGCCCCACCACGUCGCGGUCAAGGUGGAACCCGCCAGCAACUUCACAGUGGACUUCAAUGAGCCCCUGGACUUUUCCCAGAAGGGCCUGGCCCUGGUCCAGGUGAAGCAGGAGAACGUGGCCUCCUUCCUGAGCCCCUCGGCCUCGGCUCCUUACGACUGCUCCCUGGAGCCCAUCGACCUGUCCAUCCCCAAGAACUUCAGGAGGGGAGACCAGGAUGCGGCCGCCCCUGGAUUAGCCAAGAAGCCUGAGCAGGAACCGGGGAGCAGCGAGCAGACCUCUCCCUGCCCACCAGCCUGCCCCACCCAGCCGGUGACCGUGGGGCCCAGCGGAGUCCUGGAAAAGUCUGAGGCCCCUGCAGCAGCCUCAGCAGCCAGCACUCUGGAAGCCCCGGCUCCAUCCCUGCAGGGCUCCGUUCAGCUGGCCGUUCCCAUCUACUCCUCAGCCCUGGUCAACAGCUCUCCAGUCUUGGGCAACUCCACCCUCAUCAGCAGCCCAGCCUUGCUGCGGCCACUGCGCCCCAAGCCCCCACUGCUCUUGCCAAAGCCCCCCAUGACAGAAGAGCUGCCCCCGCUGGCCUCCAUCGCCCAGAUCAUCUCAUCCGUGUCCUCAGCCCCCACCUUGCUGAAAACCAAGGUGGCAGACCCAGGGCCUGCGAACACUGGCAGUAACACCACCGCUUCCGACAGCGUAGGGGCCACCAUCCCCAAAGCCACCACCGACACCACCAGCCCAAAAGAAUCCAGCGACCCACCCCCGGCCGCCAACAGCCCAGAGGCAGCCUCACCCACAGAGCAGGGACCGGCUGGCUUGUCAAAGAAGAGAGGCCGGAAAAGGGGGACGAGGAGCCGGCCACGUGGCAGCGGUGGGGUGGACCUAGACUCCAGUGGGGAGUUCGCCAGCAUCGAGAAGAUGCUGGCCACCACGGACACCAACAAGUUCAGUCCUUUUCUGCAGAGCGCAGAGGACGGCGCUCAGGAUGAGGUGGCUGCGGCCCCCGCAGACCACAACGGGCCCAGUGAUGAGGAGCAGGGCAGCCCCCCGGAAGACAAGCUGCUGCGGGCCAAGCGGAACUCCUACGCCAACUGCCUCCAGAAGAUCAGCUGCCCCCACUGCCCGCGGGUCUUCCCCUGGGCCAGCUCCCUGCAGAGGCACAUGCUCACACACACUGGUCAGAAACCCUUCCCUUGUCAAAAGUGCGGUGCCUUCUUUUCCACCAAAUCUAACUGUGAACGCCACCAGUUGCGCAAACACGGAGUUCCCGCCUGUUCCCUGAGAAGAAACGGGCUUAUCCCCCAGUCAAAAGAGAGUGAUGUUGGAGCCCAGGAUAGCACAGACAGCCAGUCCGACGUGGAGGCCUCGGGCGCCGGAGGCGAAGUGCUAGACCUCACGUCUCGGGAGAGAGAGCAGCCUACCCCCGAGGGAGCCGCGGAGCCCAGCCAGGCCCCGGAAGAGCUCCCGGCAGAGGAGGUGAAGGGGGCCGCGGCGGACGGGGAGGAGAGGGCGGCCGAGCCGGGCCCGGAGCCCGAGGAGGAGCGCGCGGAGAAGGAGGAGCGGGACGAGGACACGGACGGCCCCGAGGAGGACGCGGUCAGCAACAAGAGCCUGGACCUCAACCUGGCCAGCAAGCUGAUGGGCUUCAAGCUGGCCGAGGGCGAGGCCGGGGGCGGCGCAGGCCCGGCCCCGCACGACCUGAAGCACUCCUGCCACGUCUGCGGCAAGAGCUUCAAGUUCCUCGGGACCCUCAGCCGCCACCGGAAGGCGCACGGCCGCGGGGAGCCCGGGGACGACAGCGUGCUGCCCCAGGAGGCCGAGGGGCCGCCGCCCCCCACGUGCCCGACCCCCGAGCCCCUAGGGACCCAGGCCCCCACCCAGGGGGAGGCCCCGUCCGAAGCCACAGAGAAGCGGAGCGAGGAGGCGGAGGGCCCCUCGGACGGGGACGGGGAGGGCCCCGCCGAGAAGAAGUCCCCCGAGAAGAGUGACGAUGACAAGAAGCCAAAGACAGACUCCCCCAGGAGCGCAGCCAGCAAGGCGGACAAGAGGAAGAAGGUGUGCAGCGUGUGCAGCAAGCGGUUCUGGUCCCUGCAGGACCUGACCCGGCACAUGAGGUCGCACACAGGAGAGAGGCCGUACAAAUGUCAGACCUGCGAGCGUACCUUCACCUUGAAGCACAGCCUGGUUCGCCACCAGCGAGUCCACCAGAAAGCCCGGCGCGCCGAACAGCCCGGGAAGGACAGCGACAGGGAGGAGCGGGGCGAGGAGGACAGCGGGAGCGAGUCCACCCACAGCGGCAACAACCCCCCAUCAGAGAGCGAGGCGGACUCGGCCCUGCUCGCCAGCAAUCGCAUGUCUGUCACCCGGAGCCGGAAGGAGAGUCUGGCUGCCAAGGAUGCCAGCCGCAGGGAGGAGAGGGCAGCGGGUCGGACAGCGGGUGCUGGCCAGAGCGAGGCCGGCAGGAGUGCUCCCAGGGCUGCUCCCAUGGGCAGCUCCAAGGAGCAGGCAUCUCAGGGUGACCCUGACCGGGAGAGCCCAGCGGCCCUCGGGCAGGACCUGCCGGAGCUGCCCAGCAAGCGGCCUGCCCCCCCCAUCCUCGCCACUGUCGACAGCGCCUCGCUUCUGGGCAUGGAAUGACAGCCCGCCCUGCCCCCAGCGCACAGACGAAAGCCAGCGGAGCAGAGUGUCCUGAACCGAUAUUUCACGAGGGGUCCUCAGUGCUUCAGCCGCCGGGGGAGAGAAUGGAGGUCGUGGGGGAGCAGGGCAGGCUGCCUCGCUCGGUGCCCUAGCCUUACGGACCCGUGCAGAGGCGCAGCACGGACCAUUCGAGUGCCUUAACUACUUACAGUCCUUUGGUGUCGUCCUGGGUGUUGUGUUUUCCCCAAAUGACUUUUUAAAAAACAAAGCAAAUGUUUUAAUGAAUUAUUUGGAGAGGACCUUUUCAUUUAAGCAUUAACGUUACCUUCUGUCUUGGUGUGUGUGAGCUUGUUCUUGCAAAUCUGUGAUAGUAACGUUUGUUCUGUGAGCUGGAAACAGAAGGAAAAAAAAUGCCCUUGGAUACCCACGGCCAAUAACUGGAAGAAAGUGGUGUGAAUUUCAUGUAAAUUCCCAGAGGAAAUGUGGAUAAGAUGCUCAUUUCUCAAAUAGACUUCUUUUCUGUUUGCUACAUGGUGGAGCUGUAAUUUGGUCCUCGGUAUACUGCAGGAUGUGGUUGAUGAAGGUUUCCAAUUUGGUUCAGGCCAAAACCAGGAAAGAUUCUAGCUUCGACCUCAUACAUGUUUCCACUCUCUCAGCGUUAGAUGUGUUAUUACUGUUCCAGUUUCAAGACAUCUGUUCCUAACUUACAGAGAAGAGUUACCCUGGCAACUGAACCGACGGAAAACAUGCAUAGGUGUCAUGUAUCUGAUCCCCCCCCUUUCAGUAUAUGUAUUAAUAUUAUUAUUAUUAUUAUUAUUAUUUGUAGUUCAUCAGUUUGCUGGUCUCUGCAGUCAGCAGAAACAAAUGGACAAUAUUUGUCCUGGGAGACCUGGGAUGGCCCCAGGUCCCCGCAUGAGCGUCUGCCCGCAGCCCUCCUCGGCUCCAUCGGGUGGUAGCUCUUCUACUGUACUUACGAGAAGCCUUUCUUCUGCGACUGCAGAGCCCAGCGGGGGCCGUGCGGUCCCCCCGCCCACCCAUGGGGCGGAGGGGCAGCCCCGGGAGGGGAGGCGAGGGUGCGAGCCGGGGCUUCUGGGGAAGCCAGGCAGAAGACCUGUCACUCGCUGAUCUUCCUGCCAAACCCAGCCCAGGCCUCACCCGCCUGUGCUCCUGUCCUUUGCAGAGCGAGGAAAUACUACUACUGGUAAUAAAACUGCACAUGCGAGAUUGAAGAAGAAAAACAGAUGUAUAUUUACCUUCCUGUGAUUUGGGGUUGGUGCUUGAAGAUAAACACGUUUCUAGUUUCUGAAAUCGCCUGAACCCCUGGGUGCACAAAGGCAGGAUUUUCUUUCAUGAGCAGUGUAUGCAGGCAAUAGACCCCCCCUCACUGUAGCCGCCAGCAGUGAAAAGAGACAUGUCCUACUGUAGCUGGGCUGUGCUCAGCGUCCUGUCCUUCAGCCAGACCUCUGGGCUGCCCGAGCCGUCGUGCGGCGGGGCCUCCCGUGCUGCUGCGCCGUGCAGACCCUCGCUGCCCCUUGGGGGCUCUGCGCCUGACUGGCCCUCCUGGGACCCUCGCGUCUUCUGGUCCCCAGUGCCCCUCCUGCCUUUCCGUGUGUGCCCACCACAGAGACCCCCCUUUCUCUCCACUUCCUCCCCAGUUCCUGGUGGCCAAAAUCCAACCGCCCAGACUUCAAAGGAAGAUAUAUAUUCUUGACAUAAUGAAAAAGUGGUAUCUUUGCAUGUGAAAGGAAAAAGGUUGAGGUAUAUAUGACUUGUAACUGUAUUAGGGAUGUGUGACCCAGUUUCAAAACAAGGUUUUCUUUACUCUAGGUGAACACACGUCAGAACCAACGAGCCCCCCGUAUCACUUGAGACCAGGCUUGGUCCGCUCAGUUAAAACCAGCUCACGCAUCCCUCACUUCUUUGCGGCGGCCGUCGCCAUUGUUUUCAUUGUUAAUUAUUAUUUGGGGUUUCUUGUGUUUUGUUUUCCUUUGCAGCUCUCCACACUAAAACUUGGAACGUUGUGGGGAGAAGCCGUGACUUAACUCUACGCUGGGGUGAGAUGUAGCAGGAACCAGCCCCCGCAGCACGGCCGGGGCUGCCGCUCGCAAUAAUCACUAUUGAUUUAAAGCUUUAUCUAGCCCUCAUCUGUACCCUCGUAGUCGAUAAGGUCUUGCCACGUUUUAUUAGGUUGAGAGAUGUAUCAUUUGUUUGUUCUGUCCCCUCCCCCAAUAUUAAACUGUGAAAUUUGUGAUUUGUUUAAACUCUGGGUGAAUCAUAGCUUAGUUUGCAUGUCCAGCUAAUUUGUUUCUAUACAUUUUGUUUGAUUCUCUUUCUCCUCUCAGGGCUUUUACAAAAAAUAUAUAUAUAUGGAUCUUCUGAAAAGUUUUUUGAGGUGCAAGUUUCUCUUUUGUUUUUCUCUUUGAUUUAUGGACACGAUGCUGAGAUUCAAUCACUACAUGAAACUCCCGGCUGUGAAAACAAAACAAAAAACCCGAAGGGCUGUUUUUUUUUCCCACCAGCCCCCGGGGAAGCUACGUGACAGUCGGAUGCUGGUUUCAGAAAGAUUCACCGUUCUUUCCACCCUCUGUUCCUCUCUUUCCUCCAGAAGGAAGUUGAUCCUAGAGAUUUCAGCCCAUGCAUUAAACAGGAAACAAUAAUAAAUGUGUAGAAUUCAUAUUUUUCUAAAGGGAACUUAAAAACUGCUGCUACAUGUUAUGUACAAGACUGGUUUAUGCCACAUGAACAGAGAAUCACACGUUCGGUUUCGGUACUUUCGUUCCUCUUUGUAUUCAGUUGUAUAGUACUUCCAAAUUCAAAAUGAGAAGAAAACCUAUUCUGUAUCAAACCAUCUAAGCAAUAAAUGUUAUAUUUUAAAAAUGGCA